GGUUUUCGCAGAGGAUGGGCGCACGCUUGCGGCUAACAUGCGAGGCGUGGGACUGCCCCAGCAGGACAUUCCGGAAUGGAAGAAGCACAUCACGGGCGGCACGAAGGCGUCGUACGGACAGCGCACGAGCAAGACCCUGCUGGAGCAACGAGAGAGUCUCCCCAUCUACAAGCUGAAGGAGGAACUCGUCAAGGCCGUCAACGACAAUCAAAUCCUGAUCGUGAUCGGCGAGACGGGAUCGGGGAAGACGACACAGAUCACGCAGUACCUCGCGGAGAGCGGAUACACCGUGAGGGGGAAGAUCGGAUGCACGCAGCCACGCCGUGUCGCUGCCAUGUCCGUAGCCAAGCGCGUGUCAGAGGAGUUCGGCUGCCGACUCGGACAGGAGGUCGGCUACACGAUCCGUUUCGAGGACUGCACGAGUCCGGAGACACAGGUGAAGUACAUGACAGAUGGCAUGCUGCUGCGUGAGUGCCUGCUAGACCCGGACCUGCAAGCGUACUCGGUCAUCAUGCUGGAUGAGGCUCACGAACGCACGAUACACACGGACGUACUGUUCGGUCUGUUAAAGCAG